UUUUUUAAAAGCUCUUAAAAGGGAUCUGAAUGUGUUGAUAUGUUGUGGCCACUAGAUGUCAGUGUUUCUCUGCAGUGUGGACUGCUGUUCACUACGGUGAUGCUUUGCUGCAGGUUGAUGCUGAUGGCGCUCUAUAACGUGAGCAUCAGUCUCAAAGGACUGAAGUACCUGAGUGAGAACCAAGGAAUCCUCCCUCUCAUCUGGAGCCUGCUUGAUGACGGACACUGGGAGGUGUGUCUCCACUCCCUGCGUCUCCUGCAGUCCAUGUUGUUAGAGGACGAUGUGUUGCUCCUGUUGGGCUCCUCGCUCCUGGAUCCAGACCUGUGUGCUCGCGUCAGCAGGCUCGCUGCCAGCACGCAGCCAAGCCUGAGACUGACCGCUCUGCAGACCUUGGAGGACCUCCAGGCCCUCCAACAGGGCCGGGCCUGCAAACAGAGCCGUGUGUGACGAGGGAGGACUUGAAGUGAAAGAAGAGCCUUUCUCACUGCAUUGUUCACCGUUCAGCUUCUAUGUAUGUUCACACUGCUGUGCAUUGUUAGUGCUUAAAGUGCAUGUAGAUCUGCAUUGUUAAACCUGUCCUAGUAAAGAUGUUUGCAGUGUGUCUGUGUCGUGUCAGUACAGCAGAAGCACAGGACUGAACUGCUCUGAAGGUCUUCUGCACUGAUCUGUUCUCUGUGCAGUCACCUCCACGCUGCACACACUGAGCUGUAUCCAUGGACUAAAGGCACGAGCAGACGUCACUCACCCUCUGUAUACUCUGCUAAAAUCGCUUCACUGAAAUCAUUGUUAUCUUAUAGAAACUCUCUCUGUUCUUCCUGAUUCAUCAAAACAAAGUCUGAGCUGAUAAGAAGAAGGGCAAAAGGAGUAAGACCACACAGGGGUUGCAUUUU